AAAUUAAAAGAAGAAGAAGAAGAAGAAGACAUCCUGAUCAUCGCCUUUUGAAGAGAGACGUCAGGAGUCGUGGUUCCCAGCCAAACAAAGCAACGAUAUUAGACAACUUUGGUUUGUUGGACCCUAGUCUGCCGCCGGGCCGCUCUAAGCCCCCUGAUUGGAGGGGCUCCACGGGAGCUCUCUCCCGAUUGGCCAGCAGACAGCUCGUUUUCAUUUGGCGCAGAUGAAGACCAAGCUAGCUCUGACUGAAAUUAGCAGCUCUCUUGCUGCUGGCAGCAGAAGGGUUUCCUCAACGUCUGUCUCCAACAACCCUGCUUUGUAUCAGCACAGGCCCCUUCACCCCAUCAACCAGCCUUCUGAAGGUCGCCAACAUGUCCCACGAUCUGUAUAACCCCUAUUCCCCUGAGAGCCAGGAUUCCCCACAUCAGCCCUACCAACCUCCAAGUGCCCACGUAGGCCCUGGAAAUGUUGGAGCGCCUUAUCACAUGGUCCCUGAUUCUACCCAUGCAUCUUAUGGUGUCUACGCCGGGACCUCUAUGAAUCCCAGCCACAUGUACCCAUCGAUGCACCCUGGGUCUAUGGGCUAUAUCCCUGUUCAGAGUAAGCCAACCACUGAAUUGGAGAGUUCCAUUGAUGUCCACAUCAAAAGAGCCCGACAGGAAGCGGGCCUCCAAUCGAUAUUAAAGAAGCCGGUGCCAGACCAGAAUACUCAUACACCUGCUUGGCCUCAGGGAUCUCUGGAUUUGGCGCCCACUGGCUAUAGAUCAUCACCGCCCAUCUCCGAUGGACAGUUUUCUAGAUAUUCAGAAACGAUGCCAAGUGGUGCCCCAAAUUGGCAUUGGCCUUUGGGCCAACAAACAAGCAAUUAUCACUCCACUUCAUUCUCUCCCACUGCAACAAACGUUCCCCCAUCACAUUACUCCCAAUCUUCUGAGCGAUAUCAAGUUUCCCGUUAUUCAAGUGGUGAUGAACAUGUUAGCAGCAACAGGCCUUCUACGGCAUCAGCAGAUUCUGCACCGUCUCCUCGAUCGUCACUGGCCUAUGAGCAUCCUUCCACCUCAAGAGAGGCUGAUGACAACCAGACCAGAUUCACCUGUAAUUCAGCCAUGGACAUCCUCCAACGCUUCGACCUUCAGGAAGAAGACUUGGAGGAACUCUGUGCCUACCCAGAAGACCAGCUCUCUCCCGCCAACCUACCCUACCUGCUGCGAGACAUCCGCCAAAAGAAGGCAAAAAACUCAUCGGCUGCCUCUCAGUCAAGCAGGGGCCACCAGGCUCAUGGCAGCCAGUGUGCCCAAGAAACCAGGGUGGCGUCCGGGGGCGAAGUAAAGCGUGAGGCGCAAGCUCCUCCUACCUUUCAGCAGCCGAGUAAAGUGAUUGAAUACGGACACACUCGUACAUAUACCUCAGGCUUCCGUGAAGAAGAAAAGGAUGGAGGACACCACAGAGGGAGUUAUAUGAGCCAAAUGCGGGACACUCAACCAAAGGAUGCAGCACCAGCCAUACCCAGUGUUCCAGUGUUCUCCAAUGGUUCACAGAGAUCCAACAUCUGUUCCCCUGUUUACAGUCCAUUACCAAGUGUGAAGGCUUCCCUGAGCCAAAGGCCAGCCACCCAGUCCAUCCAGACUGCCGUCGCUUCCCCACAGAAGGAACCUAUUGCGUUGCAGCCAGUAGCACCUGUUGCUAAACCUACUGCCACCAAUAUCAUACCCAAGAGGAAUUCCGGUGCUCAUCAUGUGGCGUCUUCAGGAUGUCAAAAAGCAGCUCUGGGAGCCGGAAUUACCAGUCACAGACCAGCUCCAGGUACUGGAACUAAGAGUGAGAGACCAGCACCAGGCCCCAGAAGUACCAGUCACAGUCCCGCUCCAGGCGUUGGAACUACCAUUCAAAAACCAGCACCAGGAAUAGGAACUUUCAGUCACAAACCUGCUCCAGGACCUGGGAAUACAAGUCAGAGACCAGCUCCAGCCACCAAUCCAGGGCCACUUCCCAUCCCCAGGUCCAUCCCUACGAACCAGGGCCCCCCUCCAGCAUCUGAUGAAUCCAUCCAGAGACCUCCGCCAGUCAAGCCAGCCGACAAGAGAGUGCCGACGGCGGCCAUGAUCCGCGACUACAUGGGUGUCAAACCUGAACUUUUCCCCCACAACUGUAGUCUCUGUAACAAACCUUGUUUUGGCAUGAAGGACUGGCUAGAACACAGGAAUCACAUAGUCCACCUUGCCGGUUGCAGACUUCUACGCAGACAGUAUUCUGAAUGGGAGCCGGAUACAGUUUCACUUGACUCAGCCCCUGAAGAAUCCCAGCAACCCCCCACGACAACCGCAGUCCCCGCCUCCUCCCCGAGUUCCAGGCCCAGUCUACAGGCAAUCAGCCAUGGAGGUCCUGGCCCGUCAAACUCUGCCCCUCCCUUGCCGAGGAGCACUUUGGAAGCACUCAUGUCUUGGACUCCACCGAGGAAGAGAUCAAGGUCAAAGUCUUCAGGAAGGAAAGGAUCCAGGUCUCCACGGACGAAGAGGUCAAGGUCUCCACGGACGAAGAGGUCAAGGUCUCCACGGACGAAGAGGUCAAGGUCUCCACGGACGAAGAGGUCCAGGUCUCCACGGAGGAAGAGGACAAGGUCCCCACAGACGAAGAGGUCAAGGUCAAAGUCUUCAGGAAGGAAGCGGUCGAGUUCAAGAAAGAGGUCAACGACGCCAGCGAGAUUGCGGUCCCCAGAUUGGAAGCGAACCAGCGGUAAAGCUAGCUCACCCCGUAGCUCCAGACCUAUCCACAGCCGUAGAAGCCGCUCCCGUUCCUUGUCAAGCUCCUCCCCCAGCUCCGACCGUUACCGUGGCAAAAGGCCGUCCUCACCAGCCAGGAGUUCUAGGCGAAGCUCUGGGUCCCCACGAAGGGGUCGGGGGUCACGAUCGCCCCGACAUGCACGUGUUACCAGACCCAACCGCAGGUCACGCUCUGGGUCUCGAUCCCCGCACCCCUCCUCUCAGCGAAGACGGUCGCGCAGUCACGAUGGGAGGUCUUCGGGUCGCAGACAAGAGGAGACCAGCGUAGAACAGCUGGCCAGGAAACUACUGGAAUCCUCUGGUGUCCAGAGCUUCACUGGCUCCUCCAGUCUAGAGCUUGUGGUCCAGUCUCUGGCCCCAGUGCUGCUGGCAGAGCUGGCCAAGCUGAAGGCCACUUCAUCAUCAUCCUCUGCUUCAUCUAAAGAAAAGAAGCCAUCCUCCCCCUCGUCAUCUAGAGAUGAACAGAAGCAGUCAUCCUCCUCAUCUAGAGACGAGAAGAAGCCAUCCUCCUCAUCUAGAGAUGUACAGAAGCAGUCAUCCUCCUCAUCUAGAGACGAGAAGAAGCGAUCCUCCUCCUCCUCAUCUAAAGAUGAACAGAAGCAGUCAUCCUCCUCAUCUAGAGACGAGAAGAAGCCAUCCUCCUCUUCCUCAUCUAGAGAUGAACAGAAGCAGGCAUCCACUUCUUUGACCAAAGGAGGGAAUGAACCACCUUUGUCCUCUUCCUCUGUUAAGGUAAUCAAGAAGGUGCUGGUUAAGAAGAGUGUACCAACUAAAUCUGCAAAACCUCCAGGGUCGGGUCUCCUGGGAUUUGUACCGGCCCACCCUCCCCUGCUCCUGUCUGGGCUUCCCUCCACGGUCACCCAGCAGCAGGUGUUCUCCGCUGUAGAGAAGUUCGGAAAAAGCAGACUCAUUUCUGUGGCGCAACAGCGACAAGAGGCCACGGUGUACUUUCUACAAGAAGCUGCUGCUCAUGCCUUGCUCGGCUUUACGGAGCUGAAGAUUGGUGGAAAUCCAAUCACUGUGACACAGAAAGCCGUGCAAUGCAACAAGACGACUGCGCUCGGUACCAAGGGGACCACGCCUGGCAACAAGAAGGCCACGCCUGGCAACGCGACAACCACGCCUGGCAACAAGACAACCACGCCUGGCAACAAGAAGGCCACACCUGGCAACACGACUACCAUCCCUGGCAACAAGACAACCACGCCUGGCAACAAGACAACCAUGCACGCCAACAAGACGCCUACUCCCAGCAAGUCAACAAUCACGCCUGACAACAAGGUGACCACACCCGGCAACAACACAGCCACGACUGGUAAAAAGACUGCCCCGUCUGGCACAGGACCAAUUAUGCCUGGCAACGAGGCCGCAAUCCCUGACAACAUAACAGCCACGCUUGUCAAGAAGACUACCAUGCCAAGCAACUCAACGACUGUGCCUGGCAGCACAACAACGCCCGGCAACAAGAUGAGCACGCCUGGCAACAAGACUGCCACGCCUGGGAACAAGUCUGCCACGCCUGGCAUCAAGAAGGCCACACCUGGCAACACGAAGGCCACACCUGGCAGCACAACUAUCAUCCCUGGCAAGGCCACCCCUGGCAACAAGAAGGCCACCCCUGGCAACACGACUACCAUCCCUGGCAACAAGACAACCACGCCUGGCAACAAGACAACCAUGCACGCCAAUAAGACGCCUACUCCCAGCAAGUCAACAAUCACGCCUGACAACAAGGUGACCAGACCCGGCAACAACACAGCCACGACUGGUAAAAAGACUGCCCCGUCUGGCACAGGACCAAUUAUGCCUGGCAACGAGGCCGCAAUCCCUGACAACACAACAGACACGCCUGUCAAGAAGACUACCAUGCCAAGCAACGCAACGACUGUGCCUGGCAGCACAACAACGCCCGGCAACAAGAUGGCCCCGCCCGUUAACGUAACGAUCACACCUGGCGGCGACACGACCACAACCGGCAACACGACAACCAUGUCUGAAAACAAGACGCCCACUUCCAGCAACAUAACACCCACGCCUGAAAACAAGGCAAUCGAGCUCAGCAACAACACUGACAUGCAAGGCGACACAAGGACAAUGCCUGUACAACCGGUGGCCCCUCCAUCUCUGGUUGCCAAAGUCUUCCCCACAGUCCUCUUCCUCAAAUCAAUUCAAUGUCUGGAUGUUCGGUGUUGGAAAUGGAAGGAUCUCCUACCCUACGCCACCAGUGGUGCCACCAUCAUGGUGACUGAUCUGCCAGAGAUGGAAUGCGAUGCUUCCACCUGGUCUUCGUUCACACGAGUUUUGGAGAAGUUUGGCAACGUCCAAUGUGACAAAUGCUUCAUCCUUCCUGAAAACUGCACGGCGUUUGUAUCCAUGAGUGCCAAUAAGGUGGCAGCACUGAUGAAGUCGCUGGUGAUGGGAGCCUCCUUGAACUCCAAAACUGUCCGCUGUCACCUUCUGAAGGAGAACGCCCUCGAAUCUCCGAUCACCUUCUAUAAACAUCUUCUGCGCUGGAGUGAAAAGCUUUAUGAUGAGUCUACAUUGGAGUACAGACUGGUGUACAUCAGCAACAUUCCUGUUAACAACUACUGGAUGUUGGCCUUCAAUGAAGGCCUCAGAAAGACCGGAGGAGUCAGGCUCUACCUGCCGCUGAUUGGCAAGAUAUUUGUAGAAUUCGUCACGGUGGAGGAUGCAGACCGAUUCGGUGUCUGGCUGUCCGAAUUUCGGCCGUCAAAGUUGAAGAGAUGGAAAAUCUGUUUCUCGCGUCCUGGCCUCGACCAAGACGUAUAUGAACUCUUCAAGGCAGGGCGUGAAGAUGCAUUCUUGAUUACGCUGUUCACCCAGACCGUAUUCUAUCCCACCCUGUCCCCCCAGUUCUACACCCCUGCACACAGGACGGUGAACGGACCAGAAGACCUUGAGUGGGCGGGGAAACAUUUGACUGGGCAGAGCGUAGUCAUGGUGACAGGGCUGGCGUUAAGCACCUACCGCCACAUGGACCUCGUGGAUAAGGUGUGGCCUUACUUCGUGGAGAAGGACAUCAGCCGUGUGUACUACUCCGUAGUGAUACUACCUCUGCAGAGAAGGGCCUUCAUCCACUUUGACGACGCUUUGAAGUGUAAGGAGUUUGUCUCAGAUUUCCUCCACAAGCCGUUCACUAUAGGAGGAUCUGACCUCACCCUCCACUUCGUCCUGGACCAUCUUGAGCCCUGCACCUCAGAGCUGCAAUUGUACAACAGACUGCUGCAAUGGACCAAUGUUGAGUGUAACAAGGCUGAUCACCAGGACCAGCUGAUACUGAAGGAGAUGGAUUACUGCAACAGGGAAGAUCUGAGGUUCACCUUUAAAGACAUAUUGAGAAGAACAAGCCCCAACAGCUGGGUCAGCUGCUUAGUCCUCGCCAACCGGGUGGUUUUCCAGAUCGUUAAUGGAAGACCGGAUUUAUUGAAUAUGCUCAAUGCUAAAAAAAGGAGGACUCAAGGUCAAUAUGGGAAAAAUCGGGAAGGGUGGAAAUCGGUAAGCGAUUUCACGUCAGGCAUUCAGAAAAUAGAUGUCAGGACUGUGAUCAACAGUCCCCAGCAUGCAAAGUCUGGCCAAUCGCCACCGGACCCCUCAGGUCCUGGCCCCUCAGGUCCUGGCCCCUCAGCGCCUGGCCCCUCAGGUCCUGGCCCCUCAGCGCCUGGCCCCUCAGGUCCUGGCCCCUCAGGUCCUGGCCCCUCAGGUCCUGGCCCCUCAGGUCCUGGCCCCUCAGCGCCUGGCCCCUCAGCGCCUGGCCCCUCAGCGCCUGGCCCCUCAGGUCCUGGCCCCUCAGGUCCUGGCCCCUCAGGUCCUGGCCCCUCAGCGCCUGGCCCCUCAGCGCCUGGCCCCUCAGCGCCUGGCCCCUCAGCGCCUGGCCCCUCAGCGCCUGGCCCUAGCCCCUCAGCGCCUGGCCCCUCAGGUCCUGGCCCCUCAGGUCCUGGCCCCUCAGGUCCUGGCCCCUCAGGUCCUGGCCCCUCAGCGCCUGGCCCCUCAGCGCCUGGCACCUUAGCAGCUGGCCCCUCAGGUCCUGCUCUCCUAACCCCCGUGGCUCCUGCAGAACUCGGCGCCUCAGCCCACGACCAGGACUGGCCCCCGGGCUCCGGCCCCCAGCCUCCAGCCCUGAGUCAGGAGAUGUACCUCUUCUUUGCUACGGCCAUCCACCAGCAUCGCCAGGCCAGAGUCGAACAGGAAGUGAGACGAGGUGGACAGGAAGGAAGCCAGAGAGAGCAGGUCUCAAUGGACUUCGACAAGACCACCUCCUCUUCAACGACAGCCCACUCCUCAUCCUUGUCUGGAGCCACAGUGUCCUCCUCACAUCUCCCCAAGUCCUCCUCAUCUUCUUGCGAUCUCCCAAAGUCCUCCUCUUCUUCUACUUCUUCUUCUCUCCCUCCUCCGGCCGGAGUAGUCCCUUCCUCUUCUGAACAGAACACACAACAGAAGUGUGAAGAAUCUCCUGUCCAGGUGUCUGAGGCUGUUGACACGACACUCACUCCAUCGCCUACCAGCCAGGAAGGGUCACGCAUCACUACCACGGAGGAGGCGGAGUCUCUUCCUGCCUGUCCACCAAUCACAAGGAAGGAGGUACUAAGUGUAGCAGCCAUGGUAUGUGAAGAUGACAUGGCGAGGCCUGGCCACAUGAUGGCAGCAGAGACCUCUCUUAAAAGUGCAUCAUCACUGACGGGAAAGGAUGUCUUACAAACUGAUCCAUGUCUGGAGGAAGAGGGGAAGAGAAAGGCCCAGCAAGAGUUAACCCUCACAGGAAAGGAUGUGGUCGUCUCUCCCAGCGAAGACAUGAAGGAGAACAGUGUAGAGGUGGAUGAAACACAAGAGCAGCUGGGUGAUGAAAAGACAAGCAACCAGAUGCUCCGUUUGAGGCCAGAGUGUGGCGAGGAGACGCCACACCAAACCCCGGUCCAGCCUGAGACACCAAGCCUCCCUGACCCUGAGAGCCAGACCUCUGAACCCCAAGAGGAGGAAAUGUUGGCCAAAGUCGCUGAUGAAGCUGAGCCAUUCCAGGAGGUCCCAGAGCACAAAGAGAUUUUGGAAGAGGGGAAGAAUACAAUUGUAGAAGAACAAAUGCCUUCUGUGAAUGAAGAAACCCCAUCGGUAGUUUCGGAGGCAGCUGAUGCUUUACUCAACGGUGCAUCGACAGAGGAAGGAGACACCAACCAGCUCAUGGACUGUGUUGAAGGAUCUCCUCCCAAAGAGGAGGAGCAGAAGACCAAGGAAACCCAAGAGGAGCAGAAGACCAAGGAAACCCCAGAGGAGGAGCAGAAGACCAAGGAAACCCAAGAAGAGCAGAAGACCAAUGAGCAGAGCAACAAGGAAGAGCAGAGAGGCAAGGAGGUGCAGACCAACAAGGAGAAGAACAGCAAGGAGCUCAAAGAGGAGGAGCAGAGAAAUAAGGAACCCACAGAGGUCGAGCAGGGUAGAAAGGAUCCAACAGAGCAGGAACAGGGUAACAAGGAUCCAACAGAGGAGGGGAUUAAGAAAAAGGAGCCAACUGAGAAGGGGCGGAACUCCAGGGAGCAGAGCAUCAAGGAGGAGCAGGGUAACAAAGAGGAGAAGAACAGCAAGGAUCCCCCAGAGGAGGAGCAGGGUAACAAGGAGCAGAGCAACGAGGCCCCCACUGAAGGGGGGGACAACAAGGGGCCCGCUGUAGAGGCGGGUGCUCCUGAGAUGGAACAGCGACGAUCUAAGAGAGGUCACCCAAGUCCAGCGACCACGCCGCUGUCCACCAGACGCUCCACCAGACGCUCCACCAGGCACUCCACCCCCUCCAUGAAGAGGGAAAGCCCUGGGGAGCUACCAGUGGAGAAGGCAGUCUCUGUAGAAGUGGAAGCCUCCUCCUCCCCCCGGGGAGGUGCAAGCCCUUCCUCCGGGGCCCCCCUCCCCCAAGGUCACCCCCAUCCAAAGGAAGAAGAGGUAGAAUACCAGGUGACGGACUCUGUGGAAGGUGAGGUGAUCGAGGGAGUCCAGCUCCCCACCAGGAGGAAGAGGGGAAGGCCAACCAAACAGACGGCCAAGAACGUCCGGAUGAAGAAGGAGCAGCCCACUGCCCCGGUAGCAGAGGAGUCCGGCAAGAAGCCAGAGGAACCGUUGGAAAACCAGGCCGGUCCAACCAGGAAAGAGACCAAACCCCAGGAGGCCCCAGAAGAGAAGUCGAGAGGCCAAGAGGAUGGUGCAGAAGAAAGCCAAAUGGGCGACAUAGUGACCCCAAGCAACGCCAAACCAAGGGUCUCCGACGAAGGGGUCAGUUUGGAGGAGGUGGCUACAUACCAGGUACUGGACUCUGUGGAGGACGAGGAGCUGGAGGUGAAGGAGGGGCCACCCGUGACGAGGGGCACUAGGGGCAGAGGAAGGAAGGCCAAAACCCCUACGAGGAAGGAGUGCAAGCGGAGUCUAGAUGAAACCGUGUUUGAGGUGUUGGAUUCCAUCGGGGGCGACGUGUUGGAAGACGCGCCAGCGCCAGAACAACCAGGACGACCCCGACGGGGGCUAGCGAACAAUGACCCAACGCCUGAAAAAGAUGGAAAGGUAGUACCUGACGACACUCCUGAAGGAACGCACGGCAAGCAGGAGCAAGUCAAGAAGGAACAGGAGGUGGCCCGUCAAGUCAUGGAGGAGCCACAAGGUGACGAGCAGCCUGCUGCCGGAAAGAGAAGGAGUGGACGAGGGAGGAAAGAGGAGGUGGCGGUCUCUGGGACCUCCAAAAUGGCCGCCAAAGAAGGUCAACAGAGGGUGAAGGAGGAGGAGGUGUACCAGGUGGUGGACUCCACCGAAGAUGACCCCCAUGAGGAGGAGCACGUCGACCCCCCCGGUCCAAGGAGAAGGAGCCAGCGGAGGGACCCAGCACCGGCCGUGACCAGAGCCCCCAGAAGGCCUGCUUACUCCACCCAAGGGGAGGAGCCUGUGUACCAGGUAGUGGACUCAGUGGGGGGCGAGGAGGAACCGGCUCCAGUGGAGGAACAGCCGCCAGGGUUAGAGCCUAGGAGGGGGCAGAGAGGUCGUAAGGUCGCGGGGAGCGACUCCGCGACAGAAGACAAAGCGGCAAAGAAGAUGAAAACCACGGAGCAAACCGUACUGCCCAAAGUAAAGGAGGGUGUUGGAGCAAAGAAGGUGAUGGACGGAAGGAAGGAGAGCCAGGAGCAGGAGGAGAACGCUCUGGUGAGUCUGGAUGAGGUCAGUGAGGAAGAGGAGGACUACCCCGACGAUUCAGUUGAGGAGGAAGAGCUGAGGAAGAGGCAGACAGUCGAGGAGAGGCGGAGAGAGGAGGAGGAGGAGAGGAAGCUGGGAGAAGGAAUGGAGGGGCUGGUGACCCUAGAUGAGGUUGGAGAGGAGGAGGGGGAUGAGGAAGAGGUUGGUCCUGGAGGAGAGGAAGAGAGUGGAAGAAGAGGGGAGGGCAUCACAGAAGAAGAACUGCAGGCGUUGGUCACUCUGGACGAGAUUGUUGAGGAGCCAACACAUUCAGAGCCCCUUCCAGACGACCAAUCAGAGGCCAGGUUGAAUACUGAGACGGUCUGUGAUGAAGAGCAAGCGUCUUCCUCCAUCGUUGGUGAAUGUAAACAAAGCGAGGAGCAAGCAGAGGAGUGUGUGAGCUUCGUGACCUUGGACGAGGUGGGAUACGAGGAGGAGGAGGAGACACAGCCACGCAGCAAAAGAGGUAGACAGGCUACGGAGAGGAAAUGCACCAGGAGAGAACAGCAGCAACAACAACAACCAGCAACGGCUAAACCCUCGGGGGAGGAAUCCCCGCCCAUCCCAGCCCAUGCUACCUCCCUAUUGGCCGGCGAGCCCAGGGCUGUUUUGAGCGUCAAAGGAGCAGAGCCAAUGGCAGAAAGCCCCGCCCGGGAUGUUGAAGAGACGGGGUCUGAGGAGACAAGGCUUCUGAGGAAAGCUUCCAGUAAAGCGAGGAGGGUGAAGGAAGAGGCGGAGCCUAAGAGAGUCCGCUCUUACUCUCCCUCCGUUGCCAACGACUACACCCUGCCCGCGUUCACCCCCAACAACCCCCUUGGGUCGGAGCAUGUGGUUCCUGGGUUCUACUGUAAUCUGUGUUCUGUGUUCUACAAAAACGAGACCAGCGCCAGGACACUCCACUGCAGCCGCUUGGGUCACUACAACAACCUGAAGAAGUAUUAUCAGGGACUCCAAGAGGAACAAUCCAGGAGCCAAUCAGGAGGCUCUACUGCUGGCAACUCCCCGAAAUGACUCUAGCCCCGCCCACAAACAACCGUCUCUUCAUUGGUUUCACCGGAAUAUGGAGGAGUCUCAUCUACGUUGUUCAAUAAUUUUUUUAUAUCGUUUUGAGUGUGUGAAGAAGGAGAUGAGUUUGUUUAGCGCCAAAAGAAAAGGACGAUGUGUACUCUGAUCGUUCAGAGUACAGAAGGACAGAGGUCUGCACUUCCCAGGUCGUUAUUAGAUGGCGUUCAAGAUAUAGAAGACGGCGCUGGUCUUACUUUUUACUUACUUUUUACUACUUUUUACAGGAGUCAUCAUGGUGUGACCGCUUUAUUAAAGCAUGUUAUGUUCAAUGAUUUCAAAUAACAACGUUCAAUAAAAGUCAGCAAAAAUUGA